UUUAUGUAAAUAGAAAUGUGGAAGUUUUCAAAAAUAUUUUUAUGAUAAAAUAUAUUUUGUAUUAGAAACAUUUUCUUAUGAUUUCCCCAAUUUUACUCAGUGUAUAUCAUAUGAUAAGAAAAGAGAAGAUAUCAGAUAGAUUUUUUUAAUGUGUAAUGUCAGUACCAGUUGAUAGUUUUGCACUUAAGUAUGGUUUAUCUUGCGUUGCUGCUUCUGUUGCGGAAUCAGUUACUUUUCCAUUGGAUAUCACAAAGACACGACUCCAAAUGCAAGGGGAGCAUGCUUCCAAUAUAAAGUAUUUUGCCUAUAGAGGAAUGUUAAAGACUGGUUAUGGCAUAGUCAUUGAGGAAGGUUUAAUGAGUUUAUGGAGAGGAUUAACACCUGCUAUUUUAAGACAUUUUGUUUAUACUGGUUGUCGUAUGGGUUGCUAUGAGUAUCUUCGAGAUAAUAUUAUGAAGAAAAAUGUGGAUGGCUACUUCCCACUUUGGAAAUCUAUUAUUGCUGGUAUGUCAAUGGGAGGGCUUGCGCAGUUUCUUGCUUCACCUACUGAUUUAGUGAAAGUUCAAAUGCAAAUGGAAGGGAAAAGAUUGCUUCAAGGUCAUAAAAAAAGAUACAAAAAUACAUUUCAUGCAUUUAAAGUAAUUGCAAAUGAAAAUGGAAUAAAAGGACUGUGGAAAGGAUGGCUUCCUAAUGUACAACGAGCUGCACUAGUUAACGGCUGCCUUGGGGAUUUAACAACAUAUGACUCUGUUAAGCACUUCCUUUUAAGAAAUACAAGAUUGACUGAUAACUGGACAACACAUGGGCUGUCAAGUAUAUGCUCUGGUUUUGUUGCCGCAAUUCUUAGCACACCAGCUGAUGUAGUCAAGACACGCAUUAUGAACAAUCCUGAAGCUUAUAAUGGUUCAAUGGAUUGUCUGAUCAAGGCGAUCCAACAUGAAGGAUUUAUUUCGUUAUAUAAAGGUUUCCUCCCAACUUGGUAUAGAAUGGCACCUUGGUCGUUAACAUUUUGGUUAACAUUUGAACAAAUACGUCACUUAAGUGGAGCGAAUACUUUUUAACAUCAUCAAAGUUUUAAUUAGUGAAGAAACAAGUUUUAAAGCAUCACGGUUUAAAUAGCGAAACAUUACGUUUUGAUACAGCAAAGCAUUGCGGAUUUUCAAAACAAACAUUAAGUUUGAUGGACACUAAAAGGGUGUGAAAAUUUUAAUACCAAGUUAUUUUUAUCAA